AAAAGCACAAACAACUUGUCUUCCCCAGUGGUUGCUGUGCUCUCCACACGCACUCCCGAACUUUCCCAAAGAGCUACAUCCUGGAUACCUGUUACCUUUCCCUUAGUUACGAAGAAACUGAAAGCACUUUACUUGAAGGAAAAUAACAGGCUGCACAGCAACCGGUGAUGGGGCUCCUUCAACACUUGGUCAGUGCACUAUAAGGGGAAUAAUCUCAGCUCUCGAUGGAUCCCAUUGUGUGAAGCGAGAACCAACACCUAGCUGUAUUUUUUUUAAGUGUAAAAAAAUGGCCUACAAGUUGGAAGAGGUCAGCUUCUCAGCCUUGCUGUCUCUUCGGAGCCGUGUGGAUCCGAACAGAGAGCUGUUCUUCUGCCUGAAUCUCGCUUUGAAGCAACUGAGCCUGGAGCCACUGUGUAUAAGAAACAACACCCGGCUUAUGAUUGCUGCCGACCACACACUGAUAGAGUGGAUUUCUGGAAAAGGAGACUGUGAGAUCACAGUCUUCUACAUCCAAGGCAAACCCCAGUGUCAUGUCUCUGUGGCCACAUGGGAGCAAUACCUUGACCGCCUCUGCUCCCAGCCCCAGCCCUUGAGCCUGGGCAAUCUUCUCAGCACCCGUAGCAAGCUGCGUAGCUGGACCUUUUCUAACAAGGCUCUGUCCUUGGCUUGCUUUGAUGAAGCAGUGAAACGUUUCUCCAUGGAGCCCAGCUCCAUCAAGCAGGAUGCUCAAAUGCUGGUGGAAUGUGAUGGAUGGGUGGUGAAAUUUAUCUCUGGCCAAGGAGUCUGUGAGAUCUCUGUCUUUUUCUCAAAGGGCGUGCCAGAGUAUAACAUCCAAGUGAAGAGUGAGAAGUUCCUAGAGCGUCUUCAAAUGGGGGCUGUUCCACUGAGCUUGGAGAACUUAAGGAAGGUGAGGGAUGGAAUGGAGGAGGGAGAGAUAAAGAGCUGUUUUGACUUAGCCCUGUCAAAAUUCAAGCAGGAACCCCGGUGUAUCCAGGAGAAUGCCAAGAUGGUGGUCAUGGGCAACGAGGAAACACUUGUGUUGUGCUCUGGGAAGGAAGAGAACCAGAUCACAGUGAUCAGCUCUGAAAAAGGGAUCCACUACCAAGUAUCUGCACAGGGGUGGUGGGAGCUUGGAGCCAGGAUGCUGAAUAAGCUUUGGUGAAGAAUGGAUUUCGAUACAGGCAGCAGCAAGAACGGCAACAGGGCAAGCAGGAAUGCAGAAAAGCGCCCCCCCCCCAGUGUUUUGUAGCUCCUGGGUCUAAAUUUCUCUUGAGUGUUUUACAUAUACCGGGUAGAACGACCUGAGGCUUUUCUUACAUUUUUUUUAAAAAAACAUUUCCUCUAACACAGAGCCUUAUCUACUAAUAUAAAAACAAUGUGGAUUAAGAUUCCUCCAAUAUUAACCAUAUAGGAAGCUAAGUUCAGAAUCAAUUCUUGUCCCCAAAUAUUUGUGGAGGGGAGGGAUGGGACCAAUUGGCCAGUACCGGUUCGAAAGCAUUUCGUCAACCUAACUGGUCAGUACAGAUUUGAGUUCAUUCUUUGUCUGCUAGCUACUACUUUUACCAAUCCAUUUUUCCCCUCAAAAAAGAGAGGAAGAUAUUCAUAUUGAUAUUUUGAAAGGAAAUAUUAAUAAAAUUAUCAUUAAUAUUUUAGAGGCAAUAUUUAAAAAAAUCAAAAAUAGCCACAGAAAAUCACUACAUAAAAAUCUGAUCUGCAAUGACAGAGAAUAAGCAAAUUAAUGGAAAAUUCAGUACCAAAUCAAAUUAGGUGGAAUUCUAGCACAUCCCUAGCAGGGGGGAUUGCUGAGAAUGUUCUUUCUUCUCUUCCUUAUUAUCUUAAUAAACUAUCAGGGAGAAACAA